UGUGGAGGCUGGUGCGCACUUCCGGUGGAAGCACUGGGGCGAGGGGGUGGAGUUUACGGAGCCGGUGGGCGGUGCUGCUGGUAGCUGGGUGCUAUCCAAAGGCGACGGGGCGUCGUUAGGGGAGCGAGCCGUGUGACCGGUUGGGCCGCACUUAGCGUGGGACGAAGCUUCGGCUACUGUUCGACUGCCUGCGGCCUCCCUUUCAUGUCGGCCCUCGAGAAGAGCAUGCACCUCGGCCGCCUGCCCCCUCGCCCUCCUCUACCCGGCAGCGGGAGCAGUCAGAGCGGAGCCAAGAUGCGAAUGGGCCCUGGAAGAAAGCGGGACUUUUCUCCUGUUCCGUGGAGUCAGUACUUUGAGUCCAUGGAAGAUGUAGAAGUAGAGAAUGAAACUGGCAAGGAUACUUUUCGAGUUUACAAGAGUGGCUCAGAGGGUCCAGUCCUACUUCUUCUGCAUGGAGGAGGCCAUUCUGCCCUUUCUUGGGCUGUGUUCACGGCAGCAAUCAUUAGUAGGGUUCAAUGUAGGAUUGUGGCUUUGGAUCUUCGAGGUCAUGGUGAAACGAAAGUCAAGAAUUCUGAAGACCUGUCUGCAGAAACCAUGGCAAAAGAUGUUGGCAAUGUGGUUGAAGCCAUGUAUGGGGACCUUCCUCCUCCAAUUAUGCUCAUUGGACAUAGCAUGGGUGGUGCUAUUGCAGUCCACACAGCAUCAUCCAACCUGGUGCCAAGCCUCUUGGGUCUGUGCAUGAUCGAUGUUGUGGAAGGUACAGCCAUGGAUGCACUUAAUAGCAUGCAGAAUUUCUUACGUGGUCGUCCUAAAACCUUCAAGUCUCUGGAGAAUGCCGUUGAAUGGAGUGUGAAGAGCGGCCAGAUUCGAAAUCUGGAGUCUGCCCGUGUCUCAAUGGUUGGCCAAGUCAAACAGUGUGAAGGAAUUACAAGUCCAGAAGGCUCAAAAUCUAUAGUAGAAGGAAUCAUAGAGGAAGAAGAAGAAGACGAAGAAGGAAGUGAGUCAGUAAACAAAAGGAAAAAGGAAGAUGACAUGGAGACCAAGAAAGACCAUCCUUACACUUGGAGAAUUGAACUGGCAAAAACAGAAAAAUACUGGGAUGGCUGGUUCCGAGGCUUAUCCAAUCUCUUUCUUAGUUGUCCUAUUCCUAAAUUGCUGCUCCUGGCUGGUGUUGAUAGAUUGGAUAAAGAUCUGACUAUUGGCCAAAUGCAAGGUAAACCGUGAAGAAAUUAUGUUCCUAGGUCCCCUGAGGGCAGAGGAAUGGGCAGAGUCAUGUGGAAAUUUUCCAUCUAAAAAUGGGAAUUAUACUACCACAUAUGCCUCAGAGUUGUAAGGAUUAAAGUGAGGCAAUGUCUUUGAAAGAGGCAUUAUAAACUAUAAAGUACUCUGUGUAAAUAUACAAUAUUGUGAAAGGAGAUAUUCUGAAUACUGAUCAGUAUUUUUAUUAUUGUUAGAAUUCUUAGGAAAGUGAAAGGUCCAAGAUAACCCAGAUACAAGAAGGUUGAACUCUAUUUAGAAGACAGCAUAAUGAGGUGGUAAAAGCAAGGACUCAGAACUGCGUUUGAGUAUUGCUUCCUUCCUACUAAUUUUUUUGACCUUGGGCAAGUUACUUGACCUGCCUUAGCUUUAGUUUUCUCAAUCUAUAAAAUGAGAAAAUUGAUGGCAACCUCACAAGGAUUGUGAGGUAUAAUGAGUAGGAAAGUGACAUGUUGUGCUUAGGUCCAGGUGUGUUGGCUAGAUGACUGUGGAGGUAGUGGAACCAAUUUCAUGGAAGCUUUUGGCUUUAGAACAGAUGAAAGGCCUGGUGAAGGUGAAGUCAAUAGGCACUGGCAACUUUGGGAUAUAGGAAGAAGAGGUGCCAACUCCAAGGCCAAGGUUUCGAGCUUAAGCAGAUUCUGUUCUUGACCUUCCUUCUUUUCUACUUACUCUUCCUGGGCAGUGUCAUGGCUCCCAUUUAUACCCUGAUAACUCCCAAAGCUAAACAUCUGACUCAUACCUCUCCAUGUAUCAAACCUGCUGGACAUCUCUACUUGGAUGUCUCAUGGGCCCCUCAAACUGUUCCUUGAGCUGUCCUCAAGCUCUCCACAGAGAAGGGGGCUGUUUUCCUUGAUAAUAGUUGUUCAAAGGCCUCUGAAUGAUUUAUCAAACUCUGGCCUUAGACCCUCAUAGCAUACCCUUCCCUUCCCCCAACUACAUAGUGUCCUGAGGCCUUGAGCAGGACCAUGGGCUGGGACUAUGUAAUUUUUUUGGCACUGAUGUUGGUAAUUCUGUUUUUUUUUUAAUUAGUUAAUUUUUAAAUUUAUUUUUGGCUGCGUCAGGUCUUUGUUGCUGCACGUGGGCUUUCUCUAGUUGCGGCAAGCGGAGGCUACUCUUCGUUGUGGUGCAUGGGCUUUUCAUUUCGUUGGCUUCUCUUGUUGCGGAGCACAGGCUCUAGGCGCAUGGGCUUCAGUAGUUGCGGCACGUGGGCUCAGUAGUUGUGGCUCAUGGGCUCUAGAGCCCACACGGGCUUAGUUGCUCCGCGGCAUGUGGGAUCUUCCCG